AUGAGUAGCGAAGAAGUUGUACAAAUUCCUAAGGUUCCCGAGCGGCCUAGAAGAAUACCCAACCAUAUCGGCGGAGACUCACCACGGGAUGAUAAAGCACCUGCUAUGCCAAUGUCGCGCCCGCUGAGAACGCAUACGACUGGCGAGUUACAUACUGUUCCUCAAAUCCCCCAACGUAGACCACAGAGGAGACGUACUGAAGAGCCCUUGGCUGACCUAGUUCAAGGUACAAGUAAAGAAUUGGAAGAAAUGCGUGAAAUGAUUUCGCAGAUAUCUACGAAAGCCGAUAUUAAACGUCCACCCACGCUCUCAACUGAAACUCUAGAAACUAUGAAUAGCGCGGUGCUUGAAGCAAAAGAGAAGGAUAUGGAUAGCACUGAAGAGGUAGACCGUUCUGAAACAGAUGGUGAAAAGGAGAUAAUUACGCCACGCGAAGAUGAUAUAAAUACAGUAACGGAAAUACAGAAUGGGAAGGCCGACAGCAUUUGUGAAGUCGAAUCUACCGCUUUCGAUGAGUCUGGUUUCAACUCAAUGGAUGAUUUUUCCGUCGACCAGAACGCUGUCGAUAGCUCUAAUGAUAAGGAGUCCCAUGAUCUCACCAUCGAAGAAGAUCUUAAAGAACCAUCCUUGAAUCCCAAAACUUCUCCGAAUAUAGAGAAUUUGCCGUCAAGUAUACCAAGCGGUGACGAUGUCGCAGUGUCGUCAGAGAAAAUUGAUAGUGCAAGUAAUGCACCGGAAAAGUCAGGCAAAGAACAAAUAUUGGAUACAAGCUCGAGUGUCGCAGAAAACGAGGAGAAUUCAAUGGGAGAUGCAAAUCUUAUCCAACUAGCUAGUGAAGCAGAAAAGGAAGAAAUUGGGGCUGAUCAUACUCAAGUUGAUAGAGAGGGAAAAAACAUUCAAGUUCCUCAAUCUGUGUCAGAGGAAAACGACUCGACUGAUGAGCAUCAAGCAUUAUCGGAAACGUCGGAAGGUACUCCAAUUAUUCCUCCGAGACCUUCUCGUCACUCGUCCGCAACACCAGAAGGGAGUGUGCCUUCCAUACCAGAAAGACCAAAAAAGAAGCCACUCCCACCUGUUCCAAAAAAGCCAUCGUCUAAAAUUGCUGCCUUCCAAGAAAUGCUUCAAAAGAGACAACUACAGGAUUCCACUAGUCUAAGUAGUAAACAAUCCUCAAAAAAUGGAAGCCUCUUGACUGGUAAUAGAGCUAAUAUCGCGUCCAACUUGAAUGGGUUAUUUGCACUUCCAGGUAUGACUGCUGGAGGAAUACCUCCACAUCUUUCGAAUACGACUCCUUCUGAAGAAAACUCAGCGGCAUUCCCAGGGAAUUCCGUAGAAAAUCAUGCAUCAGACGUUGCAGCUUCAAAAAUACCUGUCCAAAGUAGAAGAUCGAAAGGACCUCGAGGACGAAAGCUUCCUUCUAGUUUUGCUAAUGUUGAGAAAAUCAAGUGUGAGUCUAAAGACAAUUCUAUCGAGGUUUACGCUACCUGGUCAAUCAAUUUUUCCGAGAAUCCAUCUCUAGUUGAGAGACAAGAUGAACCGGAGUCUGAAUGUGAAGUCAUCCCAUCGAGUAAGCGAUCGACGGAAUCUUUAGAAAGUAAUGAUUCUUGCAAUGUAUCUGAAACGAUGAAGCCAUCGCCUGGUAUAAGUUUCGAAGAGUCAGAUAGCUUGGGAAUGUCUGGCUCAGUAACGCAGGAAGCAGAAAAUGACGUUCCUGGAAUUGAUUUAGCGAUCGACACCGCACAACCUCAAUUGACAUCUAAUCCGAAAAAUGACGCAUUACUUAAUAAUUCUACGGAUCUUGAACUGAUCUCUUCCAUAAAAUCAGGUAUUGAGGUAACAAAUGGAAAUACUAGUGAAUAG